UCUACUUUACAGUGUCAGUGAAAAUCUUUUUGGAUUUCAAUCAAAGGAUACGCCAAAAAGGUUUUGAUACCCUGCUGGUGCAAAAUACGAACAUGCCAAUUAGUGAGGACGAAUUUGACUAUAACAGAUCCCAGGAACCUCAAUCAAACAUGUCCAAAGCUGAACUGAGGAAAACCCACAAACCAAUAAUGGAAAAAAGGAGAAGAGCCAGGAUCAACCAUUGCCUGAACGAGAUUAAGACGCUGAUUUUGGAAGCCAUGAAUAAGGAUCCCGCCCGUCACACAAAGCUAGAAAAAGCAGACAUCCUGGAAAUGGCAGUGAAGCACCUCCAAAACGUUCAGCGUCAACAUUUAGCUCUCGCGAUGGCUACAGAUCCAUCUAUCCUUAGAAAAUUCAAAAACGGAUUCGACGAAUGCGCUACUGAAAUAGACAGAUACAUGAGCCAGUCAGAUGGGGUAGACACCGCCAUGAGACAGAGGGUCACCAGUCACCUCCAGAAAUGCAUCGGGGGGAUAGAACAAGUCGCUCAAUUUAACUUCCCGGGUUUCAGUAAUCUCCCGAUUAUUUCCGGAAGCAGCCUUUUUUCUUCCAACCAGGCGCAAGUGGAAUCGUCGAGCACAGCAGGGGACCAGAACAAUAAUCCUAGGAUACAGAUCCCUCAGGGCAUCCAGCUUAUUCCCAGCAGGUUACCAAGUGGGGAACUAGCUUUGUUAGUACCGAAUUCGAGUAACCUGCCUUAUUUCCCCACAGCUGUUACUCAGAACGUUCAACAAAGACCAAGCGCUUUUGCCGCGGUCAUACCACAAUCCGCAGCGAGUGAAAGUUUAGUGCCUAAACCGCUUAGUCCUCCUCUAAGUCCGGUGAGCCAAGAAGAAGUGCGAGCAAGAAACCCAUCCCCUCACGGAUUCCGGCCAGUUCUCCCAGCCAGUCAAAGGAGUUACAGUGAAGAUCAUCAAGUUCCUCAGAUAUCUUCCACUGUAUCUUCGGAAAAGCAACAGUUUCCUCAGCCAGUUGAAGUGAAAACUCUAAAGUAUCCCAUACACAAGUACUCAGACAAGGAGAAACGAAGCGAUUCUCCAAAAAAAAUUGUAGAACCGUUGUGCAUUAUCACCAACCAAUCCGAAAGGUACAAACAGGCGCAAAUGAAAGAAGACUCUGCCAACUACGAGGAAAAUAUCGUUCAACGUGGCAUAAAACGAAAAUUUCAAGAAGUGUCUCACCAACUAGGCCUUCUAACAGUGACACAAAACGAAUUUUACAAUCAGCCUUCCAAAAGUGUUGUGAGAGAAGGUGAUGCUAGUUCGUCUUCAAGUUUUCACUUUCCUAGACCAACGCAUCCUUCAGAUAGCGUUCCCAGUGACGAGAAAAAGAACGAGGAUCAACCUUCCGGUUCAAAGGAUAACAAUGCUGAAAGUACUAGUGAUAUGUGGAGACCCUGGUGA